CGCCAAUAAAUACACAUAACUGACUUUGUGGCUAUAUCAGUGUGACUUAUUCCUCCAACAUUCAUCAUGCCUGCAAGAGUUCUUCUGUUGGGAUUUCUGCUAAUCUGUGCGGUUGCAGGCACAAAGGCGUUUUCAGUCAAGCCACAAUGUCCUGAUUUAAAUGGCCCAGUUAUGUGUGCCAUGAACUACGACCCUAUAUGUGGUACUGAUGGAAACACAUAUCCCAACGAGUGUGCGCUCUGCGACCACAGACAGAUCACAGGUUUGGACAUUCAGAAGGCCCACCAUGGAGUGUGCUGACCUGUUCAGCUGCCCAUUAACUCGAUACCAGUGGUGGAAAUGUUAAAAUUACAAAAUUGAUCAUGAAUAA